UUGCAGUGUUUGUAAACUGGGAACAGACAAAGAAACCCUCUCCUUCUGCCACGUUUGUUUUGAGCUAAAUAUUGAGGAACUUCCAGCUGGAGAAGAGGCACCUGCAAAAUCUAGUCCGAUCAACCAACCCGGGUACAUUGGGUAAAAGAAGCUUCUUGGAGUAAGAACUGGACAGGAGAUGGGGUGACCUGACAGUGCCGUGGGAGAGGUGAUCUGCGGGUGAAGCGAGUUGGGGUGCUGUACUGCUAGAUUUUACGGCAGAAGAAAAGCCAUCGAGAUGGACGGCAAAACAUUUGGGAUGGGAGUACCAAAAUCAAAUCUCCUGCACACCAAAUCAUUAAGGGGCCAUAAAGACUGCUUUGAAAAAUACCAUUUGAUUGCAAAUCAGGAUUGUCCUCGAUCUAAACUUUCAAAAAGUACUUAUGAAGAAGUUAAAACCAUUUUGAGUAAGAAGAUAAACUGGAUUAUACAGUAUGCACAAAAUAAGGAUCUGUAUUCUGAUUCUGAAUGUUCUAAAAAUCCCCAGCAUCACUUGUUAAAUUUCAGGCAUAAGCCAGAUAAGAAGUUACUCCCACAGUUUGACUCCCAAGUUCCAAAGUAUUCUGCGAAGUGGAUAGAUGGAAGUACAGGCGGGCCCUCAAACGGUUCACAAAGAAUAUUGGAGCAGAGGGGAAAUACAGACUUUGAGCUUGCAAUGUUGCAAGAUUCAGGUGCCACUCUAUGCCACAACAGUGUAUUGUGGCCUCACAGUCACAACCAGGCACAGAAAAAAGAAGAGAUAAUCUCUAAUCCGGAGGCCGAUGUCCGGACCCAGCAUCCACGGUACAGCAGAGAGGAAUUGAAUUCGAUGACUCUUGGUGAGGUAAAGCAACUGAAAGCAAAGCUCCGACAGGAAAUACAGGAAGUUUUUGAAGAGUUGACGCAUCAAGUUCAAGAAAAAGAUUCUUUGGCCUCAGAGCUCCAUGUCCGCCACGUUGCCAUUGAACAGCUUCUCAAGAACUGUUCCAAGUUACCGUGUCUGCAAGUGGGGCGAACAGGAAUGAAGUCACACCUACCCAUGAACAACUGAACUAAACUUACACUUACUUCCUUUGCCCUCAUGCCCCUACCAUUUAUUGGGCUGCUAGGCAUGCCAACUUUGAAGACGUUGAAGAAAGUUACAGUCCAUUUCUUUAUGGUCAUUAAAUUUGCAAAGCUGAAGGCAGUAUUUAACAUCUUUGUCAAAUAAAGCAGAUCAUUACACUCUUAGUCUUCUAGGAUUAAUCAUUAUGGUUUGUUUUGGGAAUUUUUCUUCCCUUAAUUACUAAAUGGCCCCGCUUAAUUUACCACAUGUGACUGUUGUUACAGUGUGAUUUUAUUAAACAUAUUUUUAAUGUAAUUCACCUAUCAAGACAAUAGAAAAUUUUUAAAAAACUCUUUAGAUUAGUCUGAACUACUAAAGAUAAUUUUAAGAGGGAAAUGGAAUUCAUAAUACACCUCUUAUUUAUUAUGAGCAAUAUUUUAAUAUGAAAAUUUUAUAUAUAAAAAUGCUAUUUUAGGUACCUUUCCAUUCUCUUUAUAAAUGUGUAUUUGAAUGCCACUGUAUAUUAUAUUUACACUUUCCUGUGUCAGUAUGUUCAUCCAUAUUUCAUAUCACUGUAUUUUAUUCUCUUAAUACACUCUUUUUACUAUUACCUUGUUAUCCAAAGAUAAAUGUAUUUUGGAGUAGAAAUCUAUCUAGUUGAAUUGUUUUGACUUCUGAUAAAUCUAUGAAAGAGGAAUUAAUAACUUUUUAAAGCAAGUAUCCAAGAAAAAAAAAAGAACAUUAUUUUUUGCUAACAAAAGCAGUUCUGAGUUAGUUAAGAAGGAAAAUGCUAAUCUAGUUUUCAUAUGUCACCUUGUCUCCAUAGAAGUAAAAGCCUCUCUACUUCAUUAUUAUUUCCAUUCUAAUGACUUUGAUGUGUUAGAAUUUGGACAGAGUAAGUCAAGCCUCACUUCCAGGUCAAAUGUAGUAUCUGUCAAAUUGAAUGUGCUGCAAGAUUGUUGUCCCAUCUUUAUAAAAAGCUUCAAAUUCUUCUGUUUGCCACUGCAGAUACAGUUCAAGAAUCCUUAAACUGUCCACAUUCUCUUAGCAGCAUCACUGAAAUUAGUGCCCAAAGAAAACAUUGUGAGAUUUUUUUUUCUAAACUUUAGAAUUUAAAGGAGAAGAGAAGACUGCUUGACACAGAAAAAUAAAACUGAUUCAAAAAAAAAAUAAGCCCAUUUCGAAGGGAUAUUCUUGUAAAUUGCCUGUGAUGUUUCCAAAGAAUUCUGAACUAGUUGGUCAUCUCAAACAGCUAGAUAUGUUUUUUAACAGUGUAUUAUGUAGUAAAAGCUAUAACCAGUGCAGAAUUAAAAUGGGCUCUAAAUUCUGUUUUUAGUUGGUGCUUAGAAUGUAUUUAUGAGGUAAGAUUUUUGCUUGAAAGAAUCUGCAGAAAAGCCCAUUAGCUUGGCAGCUUCAUGCAUAAAGAUACGAAUGACUUCUAUCUUAAAUCUGGCAGCCUGCCCUGGCUUGGGUCAGAUUUUAGUCUUGAACACAAACAGUAUUUGACUAAGCAAAGAAACGCCUCAAUCUAGUAGAAAACAACUUUUUGUAAUGAUAAGAUGUGUUAAAUUUGCCUCAAAGUAUUAAUUGAUAUCACAGUUGAUUUUGCUUUGUUUUGUUUUAAGUAUGAUGUAACUGUUUUUGGAGCUUUUGAAAAAUGUUUUCAAUUUUUCUCGAUUCUUUUGAGUCAUCCAAAAUGAAUUUAAGAUCCAGGGAGUGGGGAUACAUUGCCUUAGUUUUGAUAAGCUUUAAACUGAAUGUGUGCAAUAUCAAAAUCUUUAUAAUUUUACAAGUUGAAUAAAGACAUUUCCUGAUGAUGCCAGUAAAGUGCUUAGUUGUUAGGUCACAUUUUUUUAAUUUGACUUUACUCUUAUUUGGCAUAAUUCAUCAAGAAUGUUACAAGCCAGUGUGCUUGCACACGUUUGUGCUUCUACUUCUGUCACUUAGGGACAGCCGUCCAAGUUUGGGAUGUGUUGCACUUGAUACCAGUAGUAGCAUAUUUCCAGAGUAUGAGCCAUAUGGGGCAGUCCUAAAUGCAACAGUGUUAAUCCAAAGAAAAGUGUUUGCUUUGUUUCUGGCAAAUAUGUAGCUUUACUAAUUGAGUUUGGAACAAUUGGGUGGGAUUGUGCAUGUACUUAUGGUCUUAAUUGGAGAGUCUGGUUAUUCCAUUUAGAUAUUUCUACCUAAGCUCUUCAAAGGAAAGGUGCUGUUAAAAAAAAAAAAAAAUCUGUGGUGCUGGUACUCACAUUAGUAUUUUAUUUGGAUGAAUAUGGCAGUAAAAGAAUUUUUUUCUUGAAAGAUUUUGUACAGCAGCUUAUCCACAUAUUUGGUAAACUGAUUCCUGGGUUAGUUUUCUUUCUUUCUUUCUUUCUUUUUUUUUUUUAAGAUUUUAUUUAUUUAUUUGA